CAAAAGUCAUAAUACCACCAGCUCACUAAGGAAGCAUAGAACAAGUACAGAGAGAAUUGCCACUUAGGAAUCUCAGAGCUGAUAUAAGAUUGAACGGUCUAACAGGUAGCAUGUGCGGCUUGCAGAGAUGAUCCUCAGGUGCGCCAAUAAGCUUCCAGGGGCAAGUAAGGGAGGAAUGCAACGCAAGUCAGUCGGAUGGUGCUCACAAUUCUACUCAUUUUCAAACUCGGAUUAAUCACGUUUGGCCUGAACUAUAUGACCAAUGGCAUUGUUGGGUACCACGGCACCGCAAUUACCACCCACGGGACCGGUGAUAGGCAUUCGAAGCCAAGCAUAUUGCAUCUUCCCGUCGCUGCUGAAGCUAGCAAAUACGAAGACAAAGUAGCUAGCAGGUCAAGCGUGCCAAGUACAUGCAGAAACCCGGAAAAGAAUUUAAUACAUAUCGAAGAAAGGGAUCGAUUAAUUGUAUCGCCAUCGCCAAAUAUCACGGAGUCUAGAACAAGACAUGUGAUAGCGGCUGACGAAGAGACAAGGUUUGGCGCCCGACUCUUGGAGGGGCAAACCUUUUGGGCAUCAUCACUGGUAUCUUGGGCAGACUCGCAUGCUGUAUUAUGAUAAAUAAGCAGUCGUGGCAGCCUCGAGUGCUGUUAUUAAGGCGUCGUACGCAUUGCUGGCUAAGCUUUCUCGCACGUCACACGCGUCACACGUCACCUUGGCCCAUCCAUGAAAGCACUAGUCAACGCCUUCAGCGCCACUCAAGGAGUCGAAUCUAAUUUUUCGGGGGCGU